AUGGCAAGACAGAAAUCGACAAGGCACGAGAGCACAGCAGUGUUGCGAGCCUGGUUUCGCGAGCACCAACACCACCCCUAUCCCACUAAGGCGGAGAAGGUCAUGCUGUCGCUGGCAGCCAGCAUGACGAUGAAGCAGGUGUCGACGUGGUUCGCCAACACUCGCCGCCGCCGCUCGAAGUCGCGGGAGCAGUGGGAUGACGCGGUCACACUGAACCUCAGCGUCGACGCACCUCCGCCCCAAGAGAACGCCUUCUAUGACUACAUUCGCAAUGUCCUGAAGAGAGAUGCCACGACUCAGGGUCAUUGA